AUGGCUCAUACAAUGAUGCAGCCAAAGAACAUGACUUGUAUGAUGAUGCACCCAAAGAACACCGCUCAUAUGAUGCUGCACCCAAAUAACAUGGCUCAUAUGAUGAUGCACCCAAAGAACACAGCUCAUAUGAUGAUGCACCCAAAGAACAUCACUCAUAUGAUGCUGCACUCAAAGAACACGUUUCAUAUGAUGCUGCACCCAAAGAACAUGGCUCAUAUGAUGAUACACCCAAAUAAUUUCACUCAUAUGAUGCUGCACCCAAAGAACAUGGCUCAUAUGAUGCUGCACCCAAAGGACACGGCUCAUAUGAAGAUGCACCCAAAGAAUACCACUCAUAUAAUGAUGCAACUGAAGAACAUGGUUCAUACAAUGAUGCACCCAAAGAGCAUGGCUCAUACCAUGAUGCACCCAAAGAACAUGACUCAUACAAUGAUGCACCCACAGUACAUGGCUCAUAUGAUGCUUCACCCAAAGAACACGGCUCAUAUGAUGAUGCACCCCAAGAACAUCACUCAUAUGAUGCUGCACCCAAAGAAAAUUACUCAUAUGAUCUGCACCCAAAGAACACAGCUCAUAUGA